UUUUGUUUUGUGCUUUAAUUUCGAGAGUCUCUCUCUCUCUCCCUCCCUCUCUCCAUCUCUCUCACUUUCAUUAACUUCCGAUGGAGAAUAUUGGAAGUAUUUUACAGUUCCUUGAAAACAAUACUAUUUUGGUCACUGGUGCAGCUGGCUUUCUAGCAAAAAUUUUUGUGGAGAAGAUAUUGAGGGUUCAACCAAAUGUGAAGAAGCUUUAUCUUCUAUUAAGAGCUCCAGACGCUAAGUCUGCCUCACUGCGCUUCCAUAAUGAGGUUAUUGGGAAGGACUUGUUUAAAGUUCUAAAGGAAAAAUGUGGAGCAAAUUUGAAUACCCUUAUUGCAGAAAAAGUUACUCUUGUACGUGGAGAUAUAUGUUAUGAGGAUUUGAGUGUGGAAGAUUCUGAUUUAAGACAAGAAAUGUUGAAUGAUUUGGAUGUUAUCGUUAACCUAGCAGCAACAACCAACUUUGAUGAAAGGUAUGAUGUUGCACUUGGCAUUAACACUCUGGGAGCCAGGCAUGUUUUGAACUUCGCAAAGAAGUGUGUCAAAGUAAAAGUACUUGUCCAUGUCUCCACAGCAUAUGUGUGUGGAGAAAGGGCAGGACUCAUACAAGAGAAGGCAUACAAAAUGGGAGAAACACUCAAUGGUGUCUCCGGAUUAGAUAUUAAUGAAGAGAAGAGAGUGAUUGAGGAGACACUGACCCAACUCCAAGCUGAGGGAGCCAAAGAAGACGAAAUUACGCAAGCCAUGAAAGAUUUAGGCAUCCAAAGGGCAAGGAAUUAUGGAUGGCCCAACACAUAUGUGUUUACAAAGGCAAUGGGAGAGAUGAUAGUGGGGCACCAAAAGGAGAAUCUAUCAGUAGUCAUUCUACGACCGACCAUUAUAACCAGUACUUACAAGGAACCGUUCCCUGGCUGGGCUGAAGGUGUCAGAACCAUUGAUAGUUUAGCUAUUGGUUAUGCUAAAGGAAGAUUACCAUGCUUCGUUGGUGAUGUAACAUCAAUUGUUGACGCGAUACCAGCAGACAUGGUGGUUAAUUCCAUAAUAGUGGCAAUGGUGGCUCAUGCAAAUCGAGCUUGUGACCAUGAAGUUGUAUACCAAGUGGGAUCCUCCGCAAGGAAUCCUCUGAGAUACUCUAAUAUUCAAGACUACGGUCUUCGCUAUUUCACCAAGAAACCAUGGAUUGGUAAGGAUGGAAAGCCAAUCAAGGUUGGCAAGCUUAAAGUACUAAGCGAUAUGAGUAGCUUCCGCAGAUACAUGGACAUCCGCUACCUGCUAUUGCUAAAGGGACUAGAAGUGGCAAAUACGGCCUUCUGUCGCUUCUUUCAGGGUGUUUACAGUGAUCUCAACAGGAAGAUCACAUAUGUGAUUCGUUUGGUUGAACUCUACAAACCCUAUUUGUUCUUCCACGGGGUAUUUGAAGACGUGAACACUGAGAAGUUGAGAUUGGGAGGUAGAGAGAAUGGUGUUGGUGUGGAGACAGAAACGUUUUACUUUGAUCCAAACUGCAUUGAUUGGGAAGAUUACUUCAUGAAUACUCACAUUCCUGGAGUUGUCAAACAUGUCUUUAAAUGAUGACUACUAGCUACAUGCGGGUUUAUUUUACAGAUUGUGUUUUGUUUUGGUUAAUUUCUCAAAUGUGUUAAUUAAUAAGGACAGAAAUUUAGUUUCUCAUUUAUUCCCGGCAGAAGCAUUAAUCUCUCUGCCUGCAAUGCAUGUUGAAGAAGUUAAUUUGUUCAAA